AUGGCCAACGCUGGCGAGCUAGACCGUCGUUCGAAGCUUUCGUUCACUGCUUUGACCGUCGACAGUGUUCAGAACGCACGAGCACUUGACGAUGACGUAGUUGGCAGGUUGCGCGAUAUUUGCCUGGCGGAACUAGAAUGCCACGUGUGUUACGGCUUGUUCGUCGAUCCCGUCACAAGCACAUGUGGCCAUACCUUCUGUCGGAAAUGUAUUGCAAGAGUCUUGGAUCAUACUACUUUAUGCCCGAGCUGUCGGCGUCCUAUGCUUAUGCGUCCUGGUGUGUCGAACGAACCUAUAAACAAACCCCUAUCACAGCUUAUUAAUGGUCUACUCCCCGAAGAACUGGCAGCUCGUAUCACUAGCCUUCAGCAGGAGGAGGAGUUGAAUCCCGAAGACUGGAUGCCUCUAUUUCCUUGCACCUUAGCAUUCCCAGACAUGCCGGCCUUUCUUCAUAUAUUUGAGCCAAGGUACCGGUUAAUGGUUAGGAGGUGUAUCGAGAAUGGCUCACGAAAAUUCGGUAUGGUAAUGUACAACUCACAAGGAUCUAUACAGGGUUCUCUUGGGCGCACUCAAUUCUCACAAUAUGGUACUGUCCUCUACGUAUCUCGAGUCGAGAUUUUUCCUGAUGGCCGGAGCUUACUCGAAACUCAAGGCCUACACAGAUUUCGGGUUUUGGAAGCAGGAAUACUGGACGGAUAUUAUAUUGGUCGGAUACAACGCAUUGACGACAUACCUCUGGCCGAAGAAGAAGCAGCUGAAGCUUUCGAUAUGCGCGGUGAAGAACCUACAGAAGGCGAUUUCGAGGGUCAGCUCCGUCACAUGUCAACACAAGCAUUGUAUCAGUAUUGUGUCGACUUUGUCGAGCAAGCACGCGCCCGAUCUGCAGAUUGGCUACAUGAACGUAUGCUGGCAGUGUUCGGACCUCCUCCACAGGACCCAGCUGUUUUCCCUUUCUGGAUUGCGAGCAUCUUGCCAGUAACAGAUGACCAGAAGUACGCUCUACUUCCAGUAACCAGUGUUCGGGAACGCUUGAAGAUAACGGCAAGGUGGAUUCGUCUUCUAGAAGAAGCUUCUCGGCUACUAGGACCAGAAUUGGAAGCAAGCGAGGUAGCACAGCCUGAAGAACAUUCGGAGAUGACUCAGCGCGCAUCUCAGACCACAGAACCAGAAACAGAACCCACGCAGCCACUCGCGGUCCAUGAUUCUCCACCUGGAGCAGACGAACAUCCUGCGCUUCCUUCGAGUGAAGCACAAUCGCAAUCAGAAACAGAAACAGAAGCUAACGAUGAGAACUAA